AUGCUACCACAGGGAAGGAUGCUGCCAAAAAAAGGCGCUAAUGCGAAAACACACUCAGAAGACACUAUUUUUGUACAGUAUCUCAAACGAUUUUUCAGGUUAACUGGCAGAAACGUUGCAGCUAAGCCAUAUUUCUUCAUCUUCAUUUGUUUAUUUAUUACUGUGCUGAGUUCAUCCUCUAUUUUAUUAACUAAAAUGACUAACAAUGUGACUGAUUUUACACCAAAAGAUGCACGAGCGCUCAGAGAAUUAAAGAUUUACAAUGAUUUUUUUGGCCAAAAAGGUUACCCGGUUGUUGUUUUUGUGUUCAUAACUGCGAAAGAUGGCGGUUCAAUGCUAGGCGUGGCGCAGCUUAAUGAAACUGUCCAGUUGCUUGAUUUAAUUGUCAAUAAUGUAGAAAUAAGAAAUGAACAAAUGAAUGAAACACGCAUUUUCGCACAAUUUUGCACAAGCUUUUGUGAAGCAAACGAGCCAGUUCGGAAUGUUUAUAAUAGUCUCAUGAUAAAUGAGCAGUAUAAUGGAACUUCGGCGCAAAUUGAUCUUGCUUAUCCAGUAAGCACUAUUCUCGGCCAACGAUUUCGCAUCGAUGACAAUUUCUUUGGUGUAGAAGUUGGGAAAAGGAAUAGCUUGUUGGGUGCUCAUUUGGUGUUAUUGCAAUUUCGAGCUAUACUUCAAGGUAAUAUUGAUAGUACCGAUGCUGAACGAUACGAAAUGGCAGUCAACAAUUUCAUACAGAAAAACUUUACGUCGAAUAUAAUUAAUGCCGUUACAAUGUCAUCAACAUUUAUAACAGCUGAAAUUGUGCGUGCCGGCAUUAGUUUAUUACCAUUCACUGCAAUUGGAUUCAUUAUCAUGUGCAUAUUUUCUACCGUAACAACAAUUAUCAGUUCUGUGCUAGUUUCGCAGUUUCACUAUUUGCAGGUGAUUACAGCAAUAGCAGCUUGUGUGUCACCGCUUCUAGCCUGCAGUACAGCUCUUGGCUUUCUGUUAUGGGGCGGUUUACGAUUCGGCUCCAUCCUGUGCGUUACACCGCUUCUAGUUCUGGCCAUUGGUGUUGACGAUGCCUUUUUGAUGAUGAACCACUGGCAACAGACCUAUCAGCAGAAAAUGCUAACUAAGGAACUUUCAAAGGAAAGACUAAACACAAGAAUGUGUAAUAUGUUGCAAGAAGUCGGUCCUUCAAUUACAAUAACGACUUUAACAAAUGUGUUAGCAUUUGGAGUUGGAGCACUUUCACCAAUACCCGAAAUUCAAAUUUUUUGCAUCGGAAACGCUACAGCAAUGAUCGUUGAUUUCAUCUAUCAGAUUACAUUAUUCGCUGCAAUAAUGGUAGUAGUAGGACGUUGUGAAUUGCAAGCCGAAAAGUCUAAGUAUCCGGUAGAAUAUAAGAAACUUAAAAAUUUGCUGAACAAAUAUUGCUCUGUUUUGUGUACUACAUCAUUCUCAGUGCUGACCGUUGCUGGUUUGCUCUUGUACUGGUCAUUGUCGAUAUAUGGGGCCGUAACUAUCAGUAUUGAAUUGAAGCCUGAGAAACUGAUAAAGCAUGAUUCAGAUAUUGUCAAGGUCUUACAACUACGGGACGAAUAUAUCAUGCAGCACUGUGCUCCAACACUUAUAUUCGUGGGUAGACCAGGAAAUCUAAACAAUCCUAAUAAUAUUCUUAUGUUGCAGAAAAUCGCAGAGGAUUUUGAAGCAUUACCGAGUUCGCUGGGAAAAACAGCAACAAAGUUUUGGCUAAGAGAUUAUAUGGAUUUUAUUGCGAAUGCGGAACAAGUUUCAUUUGAUAGUUUAAUUGACAGCAAUCGUGGUAUGGGAUAUUUGAAAAGUUAUUUCUUCAUGAUAUCAUCACGCUCUGAUCUCAGAAAAUGGUCUGCUCGUGCAAAACUGCUGAAUCAAUUGCGAAAAGUUGCUGAUCGGUAUGCAAUGCAUGAAGUAAGUGUUUUCGAUGAUGAUGCAAAAUUUUUGGAUAUAAUCGAAAUAUUAGUGAAUCAGACAGUUCAGUCGUCUAUCUUUACAGUGCUUUUUAUGAUGUUUGUUUGCUUUAUUUCUAUACCACAAUGUACUGCAGUAAUCAUCGCUACAUUCUCCAUAAUAAGUAUUUUUAUUGGCGUGUUUGGCUUGUUAUCAUUAUGGAAUGUUGAUUUGGAUCCAAUCGUUAUGUCAGCAUUGAUAAUGUCUAUCGGUUUCAGUGUCGAUAUUCCAGCUCAUGUCGCUUAUCACUUCUUUCUAGCUGAUGAAGAUACAACCGAAGCUUCUCUUCAACACUGCCUUAGAGAAAUCGGAUUUCCAGUGCUGCAAGCUGCAUUCUCAACAAUGCUUUGCGUCCUCAGUCUCCAAUUUAGCGAUCUUCACAUGGCUCUUGUCUUCGUGAAAACGAUGUCACUGGUCAUAAUAAUCGGUUUCAUACAUGGUUUAGUCAUAAUACCGGUACUGUACUGUAUUAUAUCCCGCAUUCGAUAUCCACGAAGAAAGGUAGUAUUCGAUAUCACUGCUACAACCUGUCCAAAAGCCGUUGCAGAAGAUAAGACUGCUAAGCUGACAAUUGAUACAGAAUUGAAAAUUUCCGCUCUAUAA